GGCGCUCCCCGCCCGCCGCCCGCACUCCACCGGCGCCCGUCCCGCACUCGUUGGCCCCAGCGCUCCCCGGGGCCGCGGCUCGGAUUCGUAUCGGGGCUCUCCCGCCGCUUUCUCUGCUCUGAUUUCGGCUGUAGUUCGCGCGGGACGCGCCCUAACCCACCGCCGCCAUGGAUGCCAUCAAGAAAAAGAUGCAGAUGCUGAAACUGGACAAGGAGAAUGCCUUGGACAGAGCCGAGCAAGCCGAAGCAGACAAGAAGGCAGCGGAGGAGAGGAGCAAGCAGUUAGAGGAUGACAUUGUGCAAUUGGAAAAGCAAUUGCGCGUGACGGAGGAUUCGAGAGACCAAGUGCUGGAAGAGCUGCACAAGUCUGAGGACAGCCUCCUCUCCGCAGAGGAGAAUGCUGCCAAGGCUGAGAGUGAAGUAGCUUCCCUGAACAGACGCAUCCAACUGGUUGAGGAAGAGUUGGAUCGGGCUCAAGAGCGCUUGGCUACUGCCCUGCAGAAGCUGGAAGAGGCUGAGAAGGCUGCAGAUGAGAGUGAAAGAGGAAUGAAGGUCAUUGAAAACAGAGCCCAGAAGGAUGAAGAGAAGAUGGAAAUCCAAGAGAUCCAGCUUAAAGAGGCUAAGCACAUUGCUGAAGAGGCCGACCGCAAGUAUGAAGAGGUGGCUCGUAAGCUUGUGAUCAUUGAGGGUGACCUGGAGCGGGCUGAGGAACGUGCUGAACUAUCAGAAAGCCAAGUCCGACAGCUGGAAGAACAGUUAAGAAUAAUGGAUCAAACCUUGAAAGCAUUAAUGGCUGCAGAGGAUAAGUACUCACAGAAAGAAGACAAAUAUGAAGAGGAGAUUAAAGUUCUAACUGACAAACUGAAGGAGGCUGAGACCCGUGCUGAAUUUGCUGAGAGGUCAGUAACCAAGCUGGAGAAGAGCAUUGAUGAUCUAGAAGACCAACUCUACCAGCAACUUGAGCAAAACAGUCGCCUAACUAAUGAACUAAAGCUGGCAUUGAAUGAGGAUUAAACUGUAGUGUGACUAUUGUUAUCUUAAAACUGCUUCUCCCAAAAGUUCCUCAAGAAUGAAUCAGUAAAUGUAGAAAUGAGCAAGAAACAUAGAAACUGACUUUUCAGGCCGUUGAUUACAUGGUAUAUUAAUGGAUUAAAUUCUAAUUUUGUUUUGGAAAAAUACACUGUUCCUUCUGAUGAGGCUUUUGUUUAUCUGUAUGCACACCUAAGUUAGAGGAGCAGUUUGCACUUAAUGUGGCUGGGCAGUGACAACUUUUUUCCACUUCAGUAAACACUCAGAGGACUCUAGGAGCAGUAUUCAAAAAAAAAAAGAGCCUUUCUUGUGCAGAGACCCACCUUUUUGUUGGUGUUGGAAUUGUCCCUGAGCUUUACUGGAAAGUGGAUGAGAGGAAAGUAUUCAGGAUUCCUGUUCCAAAAACAACACAAAAUUUAGUUACAGCUGUUUUGCUAUCUGGACACUUCAGUGCAUUAAUUUUGGAUUACUAUGGAUUGGGCAAAAACAAAAGCCACUGACCAAAAAAAAAGGGAAAAAAAAAAAAAAAGAAAGAAAAAAAACGCCAAAAAACAUGCUAGGAGUGCAAGCUCCACCUGAAAAUACCUGGUCAGUUGUUUAAAGGUAUGCCUGCAUUAGUGUGAAGUCACUGUUACUGGAUUCUGGUAGGAUGCAGUUCUAUAGCAUUGUGCUUAUUUAUUGUAUCAUGUCAGUGUGUCGAAUGAUAGUCCUAUAAAAAUGUGCAUGCAACAUAAAGCUACUAACUUCUUUUAUUUUUUUAAGCUGUAGAAGAAUUACAUUUAUUAAAAAUCACUUGACCCGAGAAGAUUGGUUUUAAUUUCUUGUUUGUUCUUUCGAAGUUCUGAAUUACACUGAAUUUAAAGUAUGAGUCUCCAAAGAACCUAAUUAUUUUCUUCUUGCCCUACUUAGAAACAAAGCAAAAACCUAAAAACAAACAAACAAAACCCCACCUCCAUUCCUUGUCCUGCAUUCUUGCAUCAAAGAGCUUCCAGAACAUACAAGAAUCUCAUCUGUUCGCAGUGCAUUUUCUUAACAGAUGUGCCUGCAAACAGUUCUAGAGCUGUAUUGCUUGCUGUUUGUUUUCUUAAUUUGAAAUUCUUUCUAGAUGUAUUCUCUGAGGGUAUCAGUAUUUAUGGACAUGCAUAUUUCUCACCUUCUGAGCCUUUAAUUAGAAAUGAUCACUGCAUGCCUUCAUGUUCUGAGAAUCAGUGCCUCUGAAGAACUGCUAUUCAUGUU